UAGGGAAUUAAAAAAUUGGAAGAAAAUUCGGUCGGGUCGGUCAACUAUUGAAAAACGGGAAUCACAAUCUCUUUUUACAAUUCUUGAGUGCCAACAGAAUCCAUCUUCAUUAUAUUAUAAUUUUGUACAAUACUUUUAAUUCCCAUUCAAUCUCCGAUCCCCAUCUUCUUCCUUGAUAAUCUCUUCUACGUACGAUCAACAAUAUGUUCUUGUCUGUUCAACCCAAUUUCGCCAAUUAAUGAUGCGUUUCAGUGACCGACGCAUGACCGCUAGUGGUUGAGUGAAUUAAUGGAAGAAAAUUUUGGUCAUUAAUUAAAAUGUCUUUGUAUUCAAUGAUGAACUUGAGAGCAUCUCGCCAUCCAUCCAUUUCUUACAGGCCUAUACGACCAUCGGAUCUAGAAGUUCUUGUAAAGAUCCAUGGUGAUCUUUUUCCUAUAAGGUAUGAACUUGAAUUCUUCCAUAACGUUGUUCAUGGCCGUGAUAUAGUUUCUUGGGGAGCAGUUGACCGAAAUAGUCCAAAUGGUGACGAUGAUGAACUUAUUGGAUUUGUUACUGCACGAAUUGUUAUGGCAAAAGAAAGUGAGAUAGAAGAUAUGCUGAGAUGCGACAAAUCAAGAUCAGACCAGUCUCUAGUAUAUAUUCUGACACUAGGCGUCGUAGAAUCUUAUAGAAAUCUUGGUAUAGCCACUUCACUGAUUCGAGAGGUGAUUAAGUACGCGUCGGAUAUGCCAAACUGCAGAGCGGUUUAUUUGCAUGUAAUUUCAUACAAUAAUUCGGCUAUCCAUUUGUACCAGAAAAUGUCUUUUCUCUGCGUAAGGAGAUUGCACGCCUUUUAUUAUAUAGACGGCCAACAUUAUGAUGCGUAUUUGUUCAUUUACUAUGUAAAUGGCGGGCGCUCUCCAUGUUCGCCCUUAGAGCUUGUUACGCUUAUCAUGACGUACAUGAGGAAAGGAUUAAACUUGGUAUUUUCAAGAGUAUCUAAAAACAGUGAGAAAAACGGGGCCAAACGGGUCAAAUAUAGAGACAAAAGCUGCCUUCUACCAAUGACACAAAGCAAAAGAAGCAUUACAAUCGAGGGGCCCGAGAGUGAUCAUGUAUGAACAUAAUUAUGAGGCGAUAAAUUUACAUUUCCACCCCUCCUAACUGGUGUUUCUUUCUCAUGUUAGUUUGGUUUGAAGCAAAAAAAUAAGUCUCACAUGUUAUAGGUUAUCAGCCUGAAUUUUAUAUAUUGAGGUUUUACUUUUUUUUUUUUUUUUUUUUUUUUUUUACUUCUGUAAAACUUUUAUUGUUGUUUUCAACCUUCUGUAAGUGUAAACUGACAAUAGUGAAAUGCCUUGUUAUUUCACUCUGCUUUCAUA